AGCGGGAGCAGUUUUCACGGGAUUACACGAUUCAGGUGAUCCUCGUCCAGGUGAUUCACCAACAUGUGAUUUACACGCGAAACUAUUAUUCCUGAGUUUGAACUUUAACGCAUUCCUAGCAACUGUCUUAAUGGACGACAAUCCCCUUAUUGAAUUGUUCGAAGAUCUCGCGGACUCUGAAAACGAUGAAAAGAAACUGCACGCUUUAAUAAAAAGAUACCACACUGCAUCGAGUCGUGAGCUUAAAGAUUUCGCCGAUGAACUGUCGGAACUGCCGUGCAAUUCUUUCGCUUCGUAUAUACCCACCUUGAAAACUUACCUUUCCCAAUUAUUGGAAGAGUCGUCUAUCGGAGGCUUUUUCUGUAUACAAAACUUGUAA